CAUGGUUUCGCCCGCCAGUCUUCGUCUCGCGCCGGCAAAUGGCAACCAAGGAGUCAUCUCGCCAGGCACAGCAUAGCCAUCGCAUCGCUGCACUGCCGGGUCUUUCGCACACCGAUCGAUCUUGGGGUUUAUCUGACCCUCGUUUCUUGUUGGGGGACGGGCUCUUGUCGCGUGCUCCGCUUCCGGUUCCGCACGUCGUUCGCCAUAGAUCACCAUCCACUCCCGGGAAGAUGCCGCACCAAAGCCUAUCAUCCCCUUGAGGGAUAGCUACACUACGGAUCUCAUUACUGUUGAGAUAUAUCAUAUGAUAGAGUGUUUUCUCAUCCUAGCCGUCUGACCAGCCAGUGGUAUUUCUGCCGACUCUACGGAGUACGGAGUACCCCAUCGCAAUGGGGAGAGCGGUUGACUGCACAGAGAAUGCCUCGUGCUUCGUCGACACCUUCAAUCGGCCAUAUCGUGACCUGAUGUGAAGCCUUCUUUCUGCCUGCAUGCGAGCUUGGUCGAGGUUUCUUUCCCAGAGACACACCCGUGGGUUCUCUCCGUUGCGGCUGCCCUCCUACGAAGGCGACAUGCAGCGGCCCUGCCUUGAAAUCUUCACAUCAACGUCAGCCCGGCGCCAUCAGUCGGUGGCCACUGUUUGUCUUCUUCUUCUUCUUUUUCUUCUUGUUUCCGAUGGACGCCGUAUCUGUGCUAGUUGGAACAUCUUCUGAUAUUAUUCACCCGUACACGCUCCUCAUCCAUGCCUGUGGCACUGAUAGAUCGAUGGACAUUUUCCUCCAAGUCAACUUGUACUUUUACUUACAUUUUUGAUAUAACUGCGAUUGGGCGGUCCGUCUUCUGAUUCCGUGUGUUACUGAGGCUCUUCGGACUGUGCACAUUGCCUGACGGGUCGCAAUGAGCCUGACCCUGCUUUUCCUUUUAGCCUGUGAAGUCAACGCGAAUAUAGUCUUCAGCCAUGCUGGAUUGUCAUGCGACCCCACGCUUGCAACUGCUACAAGAUGUAUGCGGGGCCAGAUCUGUUCCCCAUACGGCACCUGUGAACCCAGCAGGGCAGCCCAUGGUGCCAAAAGGCGCCCAGUGUCGGUAAAACUCGAUACUAUUUCUCUCCCCGAGUGCCUAGUGUCAUAUUCAAAACGCAAAAUAUCUCCAAGGCAGCUUCUCAUUGAUUAUAUUCCUGGAAGAGUCCGGACUGGUUCGGACCGAAAAUAUGGAAAUAGGUUCGAAAUAAGUCGAUCCUACUGUGUUUCUUAGACUGGAAGCGUUUACGUGAUAAGGAAAAGGCCACUGAUAAUGUUUGCUGGUUUCAGGGAGAAAAUACAACAGGGUCUCGCUUCGCCCCAUGAGAUAUGUAUGGAGCUAAUCAACUCUACGGACCCCAUAUUCGAAGAUAUGUUCCCAAGUAAUGAGCAGCCUGUGGACGAGCCAUUGCUGCGUCCCGCUCCUCCGAAAACUCCGGCAGGUGACAGUGAUGGUAGUACUCUGGUGACCAAUAAUGGUCAUUGCGGAUCUGCGCAUAAAAAUAUGGUCUGUGGGGAUUGGCCAAAAGGCAGCUGCUGCUCCCCGUUUGGCAUAUGUGGAAAUACAACUUCACACUGCGGCUACGGUUGUCAAUCAGGCGCGUGUCUUAGUGAAGACGCCCUCAAACCUCCUGCUCUUAUACGCUUUCGACCUAGCCGCCUACCCGGGCAAUUUCACAUCAUAGGUCGAUCUGGUGUACCUCCAAUGAUUGCCGUUCUUCUACAGAAUGGACGAGUUGCCUUUGCCGAUAAAGUUGAAAACUAUACCGAAGUGGUAUUAGAGAACGGGAGAUACGCCUAUUCUACGGAGUUUGACCCGAUAACGAGUUCGUUGGCUCCUCUAAGUUACAAGACAAAUGUAUUCUGCAGUGGUGGAACUUUCCUAGCAGAUGGACGGGUGCUAUCCGUUGGAGGGAACGGUCCAUUGAAAUGGAUGGAUCCGACCGUUGAUGACGGCUUCAGAGGGAUUCGAUACCUAGAACGGCGGUUUGAUGACGACAAUUUCGAUGGAACACCCUGGGAAGAACCUGGGCAUCAAUUGUCGACAGGUAGAUGGUAUCCAACCGUACAGACCCUUUCUGAUGGCCGGGUGUUCGUGGUCUCCGGUAGUUUAAAUGGCGAUGAUCCAAGUGUCAUGCGGAACAACAACCCAACAUAUGAACUUCUUGACAAAAAUGGAUUCCCAUCUGGGAACAGUGUCGAACUAUCAAUUCUUGAUGAAAAUCAACCAUACUAUAUGUAUCCGUUUCUCCACCUCUUAAAUGAUGGCACCGUGUUUAUUUUCGUUUCCAGGUCAGCAGAGGUUUUCGACGUGGACGCUGGAGUUACCGUUAAGACUCUUCCAGACCUACCCGGAGAUUAUCGAACAUAUCCAAACACAGGAGGAAGCGUACUUUUGCCCCUUCGGAGUGCGAACGGAUGGGAGCCGGAAAUCAUUAUUUGUGGUGGCGGCGCUUUCCAAGAUAUCGACAGUCCUAGCGAUCCAACGUGCGGACGUAUCCGACCUUUAUCAGAAGAGCCUAGAUGGGAAUUAGAAGCCAUGCCAGGCGGAAGAAUCAUGGGUGAAGGGAUUUUACUACCUGAUGGGACUGUCAUCUGGAUCAAUGGCUGCAGAAAUGGUGCUCAGGGGUAUGGCAUAGCGGAGAACCCUAUCUACAAUCCUUGGAUUUACCGUCCGCAAGCGCCUCCAAAGAAGCGAUGGGCUAUCGGAGGGACAAGUGAAGUGCCGCGGAUGUAUCACUCUGUGGCCCUCCUAUUGCUUGAUGGGACCGUCCUUGUCGCAGGUUCCAAUCCCGUCGAGCAACCUCUUCUGGUUACAAACCCCAACGAUCCAAUGCUUGCCUUUCCCACUGAGUUCCGCGUUGAAAUCUACACGCCUCAUUACUUUAUGGACGGGAAAGCUGACCGGAGACCACGCAAAAUUGUAAUUUCGAGCAGAUAUCUUGAGCCGGAUGGCAAUUUUGAUAUCACUUUCCAUAACCGACGGCCAGCGCGAAAGCUGUCAAUUGUGCUUUACCACGGGGGAUUCGUCACGCAUAGUGUUCAUAUGGGGCAUCGAAUGCUCUACUUAGAUCAUCAAGGAUGGAAAUCCUGGAGGAAGAAGCAAAAGGUAUCAGUUAAGAUGCCACCAACUUCUAGUGUUGUCCCUCCGGGUCCUUAUGUGAUUUACGUACUCGUCGAUGGCAUACCGGGUGAAGGGCAGUUUGUGAUGGUGGCAUGA